AUGUUCAUUACAGAUCAAAGUGUCGCUGCAAUUGUUGCGCUUUCGAUACUUCUGAUAACACUUACCGCGGUGCUUAUCGUUUUUGCAGUCAUCAUCUAUUUGUAUUGCAUGAAGAAGAAAUUAUUUUCACAGCUUCUAGCAAUUCUCAGGAAUAAAAGUCGGAAAAAUGGAGCAGAAUCAGUGGAAAGAAAGAUAACACUACCAAAUGGUACAUUAAUAACCUUAGCAUGUAGGCCAGGUCAACAUCGUUGCAGUAUAACUUCAGUUCAUUUUAACUCAUUCGAACGUAUGCCAACAAUUCUCGAAGAAGCUGAAGAUGAUAUCGAAUCACGAAUGUCAAAUCGAGAAUUAAAUGAAGCAUAUACAGUAAAUCAACUUACAUCGUGA